AAAUCCCAAUUCCCCAAUCACAACACAAAGUCCCCAAAAAGUCCAAUCUCUCUCUCUCUCUCUCUCUCUCUCUCUCUCUCUAUUACGCCGUAGAUCGAUCCCAAAAACUCGAAGAGGAGAGGAGGGUUUUGAGUUUAGAUCUCUCCUCCCCAACAAAAAACCAGAUCUCAACAAAUCUCAUUUACAUUCACAUUACAAUCGAAAUCCAGUUCGUAUCUCUCCAAUAAUCUUAUGAAAUUGAUCCCAAUAACAAGAAGAAGCCAAAGAGAGAAUUUUCUUUUUUUUAGUCCCCAAAAAAUCUGUUUUUUGGGGUUAAUUUCUCUUCCUUUACGCCCAUAUCUCAACAAAUUUCUCCUACAUUCACAAAAUAAUGAAAACCCAAUUUAUAUUUCCUCAUAAUCUUACCACCAUGCACACCAAUUACUCCAUUAUCCCAAGAAAUUCCUCUAUUGAGCUCCAAACCCACAACCCCACCUCAACCAAUGGCCAUAGAUCAGAGAAUGACUCUAAAAAGGGCUUCUUUGACGAAGAAGACGGCGACGAGUUCGACGAUCUCCCCCUCAUUCUUAAUGGGGCAGUUAUGGAGAGAUCCGAGGAAGGUUCCGGAAUCCCCGGCGCCGUGUUCAAUUUGGCCACUUCGAUCAUCGGGGCAGGUAUCAUGGCUCUCCCUGCCACAAUGAAGGUCCUUGGCCUUCUUGUCGGGUUCGUCUCGAUAAUUCUUAUGGGUAUCCUAUCAGAGAUUAGCAUCGAGCUUCUUGUUCGAUUCUCCGCGCUGUAUAAAGCCUCUUCGUAUGGCGAAGUCGUCCAAUCGGCCCUCGGGCGCCCCUUUAGGGUUUUGUCGGAGAUCUGCAUUAUAAUCAACAAUGCAGGAAUUCUCGUGGUUUAUCUGAUUAUCAUUGGGGAUGUAAUGUCGGGGUCGUUGAAGCACGCCGGCGUGUUCGACCAAUUGCUAGGGAGUGGGGUUUGGGAUCACCGCAAGCUGGUAAUUUUAGUGGUUCUAAUUGUCUUUUUAGCCCCUCUAUGUGCUUUGGAGAAGAUCGACUCGUUGAGCUUGACUUCCGCUGCGUCGGUCGCCCUAGCUGUCGUGUUCGUCCUCGUUUCCUGUGUUAUUGCAUCCGUAAAGCUCGUUGAGGGCCGAACUUGGACCCCGAGAAUGGGGCCGGAUUUUUCGUCGAGAGCCGCGCUUUUGGAUUUGCUUGUUGUUAUUCCAAUCAUGACAAAUGCGUAUGUUUGCCACUUCAAUGUCCAGCCGAUUUACAACGAGCUUAAAGAUCGAACGCCUAAGAAGAUGUAUAACGUUGGGAGAAUCACGACAGUUUUAUGUGUAGUUGUCUACGCUUCGACUGCAAUUUCGGGCUAUCUGCUAUUUGGGGAUGAUACGGAAGCCGAUGUGCUUACCAAUUUUGAUAAGGACCUCGGAAUUCGGUUCAGCUCGAUCCUGAAUUAUAUCGUAAGAAUUGGUUAUGUUCUUCACCUGGUUCUUGUUUUCCCUGUCAUUCAUUUCUCUCUAAGGCAGACAGUAGAUUCAUUAGUCUUUGGCGCAUCAUCCCCCCGAAGCAGAAAGAGGACGUUGGCUUUAACCGCUGUCCUUUUGGGAGUUAUCUAUUUUGGGUCUACUAUGAUACCCAACAUUUGGGUUGCUUUCAAGUUCACGGGAGCGACGACGGGUCUCGCGUUGGGCUUCAUUUUCCCCUCGCUAGUGGCUUUGAGGUUAGAUAAGCAAGGGAAGAACUUGAGAUUAGUGGAGAAAGUCCUGUCAUUUGGGAUGCUGGUCUUGGCGAUAAUUGUUAGCAUCGUAGGAGUGAUUGGGAAUAUUUAUAGCCUCAAAAAUCGAUCGGAAUGAUUACAUUGUUUUUCCAAGAAUGUAUAGAAAACUUUGUGCCACGAAGUUUUUGAUACAAAAGCGAUAUCCAUUUAUCUGAUUGACGAAUUCUUGGGGCAGAACUUUGGAUUCUUUCCCUGUAUAAUGGCGAAAUAUUACGUACGGCAACUCUUCCUCAUAUGUCGUCAAAUGCGUACCGAUAGCAGCUGCUUUUAUGGAUCUCUAUUUUGUGGAGAAGGUUGAUUCCAGAUCAAGGUGAUGUUUACAGAGGAACUCAUACAGAUUUUUAUAUAUCUUGAUACUCUUCAUAGUAUAGCAUUCACGGUUCAAAUAGAAUAAGUGAGGAUAGGUAUAUUUAUAUGAACUUUUUAUAUCCUAAAAAGGGUAGUAGUGGGGUUUGAUUUUCCCUCAAAGCUUCCAACAUUACCCCUGGUACAGGAUUUUUUAAUUCUUUUCAUAUGAGGAUGUCGGCUUAAUGAAUAUUUGUCAAUCUCAUGCCACGUCCCAUUUAUAUCCUAUUUCCCUCAAUUAUUUAUUUGUAUUCUUGUUCACUGAAACGAUAUAGGAUAUAGCAGAUAUUAUUCCUUUUGUAUUGACAAGGGCAUGCUUUAGUUUCACUAAGAUUGUAAGAUGAGGAAUUCAUCACAUGUUAGCUUUA